AUGUCGACAGGCGACCUCCCCAUUGCGAUUCCCCUGGGAUUCCAGAUAUCGCUGACUAGCGCCCAACUUAACUCUGCGAUUGUUUUUACAUUCCUUUCGGGGCUAUCAAUAUCACUUACAGUGUUAGGAUCAGAGGAGUCAGACGAGGUCAUUCCAACCACAUUCAAAAACAUCACUGGUCCACAGGCGUUCGUAUCGUUUGGAACCACGUCGCUCUGCACUGUACUCAUAGGGUACAAAAUUUAUUCCUCGGGGAGAUCAGUCUCAUAUCAUGGAAAGAAGACUUCCGGAUCGCCAUUUAACCACAUCAUCAGAGUGAUUGUCGAGUCAGCGGCGAUAUACUCGCUCAUUCUCCUCGUGUAUGCGGUUCAAGCAACGCUUCCCAUUUCUAUCGACAGUCUCUUGCACUCUCCGUUGCUGGUUGAGGGUUAUUAUAUGCAGCCAAUUACAGUUGCUAUUGCGGGUAUGGCGCCUACUGUAAUUGCCGCAAGGAUCGCAAUGACGUACAGCACAAAAAGUACUGAGGUAGACUCGAACUCUAGCUUGGAUUCUCACUCCUUGCUCAAUUUAGGUCUCGCUGCAGCACUCAUAUCCGAGUCCGCGAUCCAAUCUUCUGAAGCGGCACCCACUCUCUUUAAAAGACUUACUGGUAUCCAAGCCUUCGCCUCGUUUGGGACAACGGCACUCUGUACAGCGUUGAUAGGGUACCGAAUUUGCUCCUCCGCAAGUCCUAUUCACACAUCCACAAAUUCUGUUGAUCAAGCUCAAGAUCAAUCACUCGAUCAAUCACUUCUAUCAGUGUGCGAUCAAGAUUCUAAGGCAGAAGCGAAGAUAAUCUACCGGAUUGCCAAAAUUCUGGUGGAGUCAGCAGCACUGUACUCCCUUAUGACAUUAAUAUACGCAGUCCAGGCUGUGGUGCCUAUUUCUUCAGAAAAGCUAAUACAGUCACCGCUCAUUGUUGAGGGGUACUACAUACAAACCACAAUUGUCUACGUCGCGGGCUUGUCUCCGACAAUCAUUGCCGCUAGAAUUGCGUUGGAGAAGAACAGAAGGAUAGAUGGUGUCAAAGGUAACAUGGCCAACGUCACAUCAGGAAUCACCUUUCGAAGGCAAGAUGCCAGUACAGUCAAUGGUAUUGAGACGAUAUAG